GGAUUCAGCAUCUCUCAUCAACCUCAAGCAUCUCUCCAGUCGACUUCUGCUUGGCUAAACUCGGAACCCUAAAUUGAAUUUUCCGAUAUUCCGAAUUUCACUUUAAUUCAUUUUCAUCUGUACUAUGAUGAUCCCCAAUUUGUACAAUACACCCAACAAUUCAAUUGAAGUAUUAUUCUAGCGCUCUUGCUGCAUACAUAAACAAGCUGUGUGUAGGUACCUGAAGGAGCUCCUACAUUUACAAGCUUGUUUGAUGGAGGAUUGUAUGGAUCAUAGCUCUGGAGAAGACACUGACGGAGAUGAUUCUGAAGUAGAGGAAUAUGAAGAGAAAUCUUAUGAGGAGCUCAAGGGAGGGAAAUACCGGGUCAAAUUAUCUGAUGAAACUUUUGCUUGCCCUUAUUGUACUAAUAAGAAAAAGCGUGAUUACCAGUACAAAGAAUUGUUGCAGCAUGCUACUAUGGUGGGAAAAAGUGAUUCACAAAAGCGCAGUUUGAGAGACAAAGCAAAUCAUUUAGCAUUGGUCAAGUAUCUUGAGAAAGAUAUUUUCCAACAAGAUACAGCUAAAGCCUCUGGUCCAUCACAAUCUACAGAUGAAGUUGAUCACCUUGCAGAGCAUGAUGGCGAUGAGAUGUUUGUAUGGCCAUGGAAGGGGAUUUUUGUUAACAUUCCCACCAGGUUGGAGGAGGGACGUUAUGUGGGGAAAAGUGGUUCAACUAUGAGGGACUAUUUGACUACGAGAGGUUUCAAUCCCACCAGGGUGCUUCCUUUGUGGAAUUUCCGUGGUCAUUCAGGAUGUGCUGUUGUUGAAUUUAGAAAAGAUUGGGCUGGAUUUAAUAAUGCCAUGUCAUUUGAGAAGGCUUAUGAGGCUGAUCAUCAGGGUGAAAGGGACUGGAAGGUCGAUAAAGAUCCAAAGUCUGGUAUUUAUGGUUGGGUUGCUCGCUCCAAAGAUUAUAGAGCCGACAAUAUCAUUGGAGAGCAUCUUCGCAAAGUUGGAGAUCUUAGGACUGUUGCUGAUAUAAUGGCAGAAGAAGAACGCAAGACAGGUAAGCUAAUGUCAACUUUGACAAAUGUAAUUGAAGUGAAAAAGAGGCACUUGGAAGAGAUGCAGAGCAAAUUUGUGGAGACAGAAAACUCUCUUAGCAAGCUAAUUGCUGAAAAAGAUAAGCUUCAUCAGCAUUAUAACGAAGAGAUCAAGAAAAUUGGGAAUGGUGCAAGAGAACAUUUCCAGAGGAUCUUAAAUGAUCAUGAAAAGAUUAAACUACAAUUGGAAAGCGAAAAAAGAGAACUCGAGCUUCGAGGCCAUGAACUGGAGAAACGCGAAGUGCUUAAUGAAAAUGAACAAAAAAGGCUAUCUGAUGAGAUUGAAGAGAAUGCUGCAAAGAAUAGUGUGCUUCAGAUGGCAUCCGAUGAGCAAAGGAAAGCUGAUGAAAGUGUGAUGAAACUCGCAGACGAUCAGAAGAGGGAAAAGGAAGAACUUCACAAGAAAAUUAUUUUGCUCGAGAAACAACUGGAUGCAAAACAAGCAGCAGUGCUAGAAAUAGAACGUUUGAGGGGGCAAUUAAAUGUUAUGAAGCACAUGGGGGACGAUGAUAAGGAGGUUUUGAAGAAGGUGGAGGACAUACACAAAAACUUGAGAGAAAAGGAGGAAGAGCUCGAGGAUUUGGAAAGCCUGAAUCAAACUCUGGUUGUUCAGGAACGCAAAAGCAACGAUGAGCUGCAAGAUGCUCGUAAAGAAUUAAUUGAGGGAUUGAAGGAACUAUCAAAAACAUCACAUAUUGGUGUGAAGAGGAUGGGAGAGCUCGAGAACAAACCGUUUAUUGAUGUCAUGAAGAGGAAGUAUAACGGGCCAGAAGCAGAAGACAGGGCUUCGGAAUUGUGCUCGUUGUGGGAAGAGUACCUUCGAGAUCCGAAUUGGCAUCCUUUUAGAGUUAUCACUGUCAAUGGAACAUCUCAGGGAGUGAUAGACGAAAAUGACGAAAAAUUGAAUAGCCUAAGGAGAGACUUGGGGGAAGAUGUUUACAAAGCUGUAGCGACUGCAUUGACCGAGAUCAACGAUUACAAUCCUAGCGGAAGAUACAUCACAACGGAGCUCUGGAACUUCAACGAGGGAAGGAAAGCAACGUUGAAGGAAGGAGUUUCGUAUCUUCUAAAGAUGUGGGACGUCCAAAAACGCAAGCGGGUCAUGUGACCAUUUCAACCCGCCAUAGAACAAUGCACGAGCCUUUGUUCGUGGAUAUCGGUGGGAUUAUACUUGUUUCGGGCUUUCUUCAUGGUGCUACAAACUUCAUUUUAGUCUAGUUAUUGGAAUUUAUAAAUGGAUAUAAAAUCAAAUUGACAACAUUUAGACCUUUUUAUGACAUUCUUUCCAACAUUCCUUAAGGUGUAUCAAUAAUCUUCGAUUUAGAUCGCA